AUGGCUACUAGUGGUUUAGUUUCAAGUACAAAAGUAAUUCGAAUACAAGAUGAUGAAAAAGAUUUAUUAUAUCGACUUCGUGAAAUAUAUGGCAAUGAUUAUAAAAAGUUUCCACUUUAUAUCUUAAGUGAAAAACAUGUUCCAUUAUCAAUUAAAAAAAUUUACAAGAUUUUAGAUGAGCGAAAAGCAUAUCGACGAAUAUCUGAUUAUUUUCAUCGAGAACGAGCUGCAAAAAAGUUGAAAGAAAGUCAGCAAGAAAUACACCAGCAACGGCGGCAGCAAACAGAAUCGAACAGUACAACAUCCAGUGAUAUGUUACGCUCGACAAUUAGACAAUCUGACAUUAAUGAAACCAUAGGCGGGUCUUUGAUGAUACCGUUAGCAGACACAUCAUCACGUCCACAACAACAAAAAGAUAUUUCCAGCAACCGUUUAGAUAACAGUCUUAGUCAACAUCAAACGAUGAUACCUGACCGGCAUCAAAGUGUUUUACCAUCUGAACUUUUAACAAUACGAACACAUUUACAGCAAGCUUUACGUAUUAUCGAUAACACAUUGAUAAAACGUGAAUAUGACGAAGAUGAGGAAGAUGAAUAUUUAGAAGACAAUGUUGUUGAUAAUAAUAAUCACUCAAGUCGUCUCGAUGAUCUUGUACGUUCGUUGGGGCAUGUUGUUACACAACAACAACAAAAUGCUUCAUCGUUAAUUGAUGCCACUACAUCUUUCUUAGUUGUUGAUGAAGAAGAUGGGGAACAAAAUGAAACAGCCACAACAAUAUCAAAAGCAGCUAACCAUAAUCAUCAUCAGUCAAAAGAAGUUUCGUCUAUUAAGUCUGCUAUUGAUCGCUUAAAUAGUUUGGUUAAUCGUGGUCAUACAAUUUAUGAUCGUUUAGAGGCUAUAUUAGCUGAAUUCUAA